UUAAAAAAGGGGGAUAGUACUUAUUUCUUUUACUAUAAUAUUAAAAUAAAACGACUAAAUAAUAAACUAAAAUAUAAAAAACUUAGGCCUUUUAAAAUUAUUAAAAAAGUCUUAUUAAUUAAUUAUAAAUUAAAAUUAUUAAAUACGAUAUAA